AAUUCAAAAGUCUGAAAAUUUUCUACUACUAUUUUCAUACUUUGCUUUUGUCUUUACCCUCUUCUCUUCUCUUCCUCUUUUCCCAAAAACUCAGUUCAUUACCUCUUUUCUCUCUCAUUUCAAAUCUAGGGUUUUCUUUUUUUUUUUCUUUUCACUUUUCUUGUUUGAUGUCCCUUUACCACAGUUUUUUCAACUUUUUUCACUCAAAAUUACUGUCUUUUUGGGGGGUUAAACUUACAAAUUUUAACCAUUCUUGAAAGUAAAGCUUAAAUGUAUGAUCUUUAGAAGUUCUGUUUGUUCAAAAUUCAAUCUUUGUUGUUCUUUCUACUUCAAGAUUUCAUUUUUUUUCUUCUUGUUUUUAGCUUUUUCCUCAACUUCUUGAAAAACCCAUGUUAAACCCUUCUUAGAAUUUUUAAAAAAUAUAUUCUUUUUCUUGGUUUGAUUAGGUUUCUGUUGUUGGGGUUUGUGUUCUUGAUUUGUACUUUAUGUUCCAUUUGAACUGGUUGAUUGAACUCCAAGAAAGUUACCACCUUUUUAGUAAAUAGAAGGACCAAGACUCAGUUUUUUUCUUCUCUUUUGGAGUUUGAAUUUUACUAAGUAAAUGCAUGGAUAUAAGGGAAGGGAUGGCACUAUCUGGUUCUUCAGCUUACUAUCUCAAUAGAGGGAUUAGUGGUUCUAAUUCUGGUGUUGCUAGUGGGUCUGGGACACCCCCAGGGGUACCUACCCCACCUGGUUUUAAGUCCCUAACAAAUGCUAAUAUUACAGUUCAGUCCAAUGUGGGGAGUGGUAGUAGUGUUAAUGUGAACUCAACAUACCAAGUUGAGAACCCAUCACUUAAUUUUGGUCAUGGUGUUAACAUUAGUAUGGGUUCUAGUGUUGCACCUGGUACUGGUAGUGAUCCAGUGAAAAAGAAGAGGGGUAGACCUAGGAAAUAUGGUCCUGAUGGGACCAAUAUGUCUUUAGCCUUGUCCCCUUUGUCUAGUAACCCUUCAAGUGGUGGGUCCAUAACUCCCGGGCCAAAGCGAAUAAGGGGCCGCCCUCCCGGUACUGGGUGGAAGCAACAAUUAGCUAAUGUUGGUGAAUGGAUGAGUAGUUCAGCUGGAUUGGCUUUCACUCCUCAUGUUAUACACAUUGGUGUAGGAGAGGAUGUUGCGGAAAAGUUGUUGGCAUUUGCACAGCAGAGGCCUAGGGCUUUAUGUAUCUUAUCAGCUAAUGGCGCAGUUUCAGCUAUAACAUUACGCCCCCCUGCUAGUUCUGGUGCCACUGUUACUUAUGAGGGCCGUUUUGAGAUACUAUGCCUGUCUGGUUCGUACUUGGUUGCUGAAACUGGUGGUCCCCGUAAUCGCACUGGUGGUAUAAGUGUCUCAGUUUGUAGUCCUGAUGGCCAUGUAAUUGGAGGUGCUAUAGGGGGUCGGCUUAUAGCAGCCAGCCCUGUUCAGGUAGUCGUGUGCAGCUUUGUGUAUGAUCCUAAAGUUAAGAGCAAACCAGAAAGUAGUGUAAAAGACGAGAAAGAGUCUGCUGAAAAGUCAUCUACACCAGUUGGUGGUGCCACUCUGAAUCAAGAUCCUGCUUCAGGGUCUGGUUCGGGUGUUUGGCCUCCAAGCUCCCGCCCAGAUGUAAGAAAUUCCCAGACCGAGAUUGACCUGACGCGUGGAUGACAUAAUUUGCUGCAAUGCUUGCACAUGAGUUUGUAUAUAUGUGCUGUUGUAAAUGAAAUGCGCCAGGGGAUCAGCUCAACGAUUUAAUUGUCUGCCUAUUAGUAGAUGAUGGAUUAAGCUAACUUUGAAACAAAAUUCUCCUUUUAGGUACUGUUUAGUGGUAAGGUAGAGAGGAUGAUGGUUGUUGGAAGUAAAAUGCAUUAUUGCUUCUGUAGAAGGUUAACUUUUGAUGGACCAAAUUUAAUCAGGAAAAGUGGUGGAAGUGCUUUUGGUCUCUUUUCUGUUGUAACUUAGAAUACUUUGAUUCUGGGACAAAUCUACAAGCCAAACAUGAGAUUUCUUUUUGCCU